AUGCCCAUAUUAAACCCGCAACUGACUAGACCCAGGGCCAACCGACGCAACAACAACCCCGCGGCAAACCGCAUCCGCGGACCACAGUCAGCCCUUACAGACUUCCUUGCUUCUCACAACAUUUCCGCUGCCCAGAUUCAUAACGACUAUCAGCGUAGGGUACAAGAAGCAGAGCGCCAGGCUCAGCAAGAUGCACAGAAUGCGCGCAAUUCCACUGACAACAAGGAGAACGAGGAUGAAGAGGACGAAGAAGACGUUGUAGAGCGCCAAAAGCGAAAGAGAAAAGAAGAAAAGGCCCUCCUAAAGAUUAAGCAGAGCAAAGAGUUCAAGCGCCGCAAGCACGAACAGGAUGAAGAUUUUCGACAAGACGACGAUGAGCUUGCUAGGAGCAUGUUGGCCAAGUCCAAACCACUCCCAGGUCAACUUGAUAACUGCGAGAUCUGCGGAAAGCGAUUCACUGUCACUCCAUACAGUGGCACUGGUCCAGACGGUGGCCUAUUGUGUGGCAAAUGCUCAAAGGAAUUAAAGGAUGAAAAGAAGAAGGAAGCCAAGGCUGCGAAAAAGAAGACCCCUGUUUCUCGGGGUCGACGCCGACAAACUGAGAGCGAUCGUAUGAUGGGAGACGUCAAGCCCGGUGCAAAAAGUCUGCUUGACAUCUGUGUGCGCCACGUAGCGAAUGUUGCUCACGACAUUGACGAGUUUGGCGACAUGCCUCAAUACCUGUUGGACCGGCUGAGCCAGAUCUUUUCCAAACAGAGAGUCAUCACUCCUCGUGUCCUCGAGCUGUUUCUCCGUCCAGACGUGGAUAGAAUCAACGUUUAUGACUGUGGCAAGCUUGAAACCGACGAUUUCCAGAAGAUCUUUGCAUUCAUGCCAAACCUUGAGACGGUCAAUCUGCGAUUUGCUGGCCAACUCAAAGACGGGGUCAUCAAAUACAUGGCCGACAAGUGCAAGAAGAUCCGACAUCUGCAACUUGGUGCGACGAAUUUAGUGUCCGACGAUGCCUGGAUUGAACUCUUCCGCUCACUUGGCCCUCAACUCGAGAGUCUCAAGUUGUCCGAACUCAAUGACUCCCUAAGAGAUGACACCGUCAAGGAACUAGUCAAAAAUUGUCCCAACCUGAAGCGCCUCAAGUUGAGGUCGUGUUCCUACGUGACCGAAGAGUCUAUCGACGCGUUCUGCGCCCUCGCCAAACUGGAACAUCUGACACUAGCCGUUGCUCAAGACACGUCAGCCGACACGCUUGUCAAACUCGUCUCUUCCCUUGGCCCCCAUCUCCGCACCCUGUGUCUCGAAGAUUUCAGCGAGCUCGACGACGCCGUCCUCGACGCCAUCAAAUCUAACUGCGUCAAAUUGAGCAAGCUCCGCAUCCGAGGAAGCAGUCUCUGCACCGACGCUGCGUUCGCUGGCCUCUUCGACAACAACUGUCCCUUCCCACCGCUCGUCUAUGCGGACUUUGCAGACAACCGGGACAUCGAUAGCAUGAACCCAGAGGGUCCGCAAGAUAAUCCCGUCGGUUUCGGCUCGCUGGCUCUGACGGCGCUGAUGAACCACUCGGGUCCACGACUCAAGACCAUUGAUCUCAAAUCCUGUCGACACAUCUCACACGCGGCACUUCUGGAAGCUUUCGACGGCCUCAAGAAAUAUCCCGCCAUCACCGACAUUGACCUCUCGUUUGUGACGCAGGUCGACGAAGUGGUCCUGGUCGGCAUCUUCAAGAGUUGUCCAUCUCUUGCAAAGCUGGCCGUCUUUGCGUGUUUCAACGCCAGGCAAGCCGUCAUUCCCUCCGGCAUCGCCGUCAUUGGUCUUCCCAACGCGCAGGACAACAUUGUUCGCGAGGGCGAUGUACAGAUGAUUCUGUCCUAA